AUGGAGAUACCUGCUGCUUUGGCAGGUCCAGAAGGUUGUGGAGAUGAUGGAGAUGGAGCUUGGAAUUGGAUGGCUUAUCCACAAGCUUUGCAAGGUGGGAACCAUGUAUUUCCAUUUGGUUACGCAGAUGAUGUAGACGGGGUAUAUCUAUUUAUUUCCCAUCAUAGGAUUGCUGGUUGUCUAGUAGCAGAACCGAUUAAAAGUGCCUACAGGGUUCUUCCAAACACGGUCAUGUCAAAAGGCCUUGGCGGUACCACUGCAAGGAAAAAUAGCUUAAAUUUUUCAGCACUUCAGUUUGGAGAUAUUAGUUUUCAGAGGGAAGCUGUGAAAGGGGCUCCUUUGGCAAAUAGUCCUAAGCCAAUAGAAGCAGACCUCAUGGGAGCAGUAUUUCUCGAAAAAGAAGCCGUAACUGCUCUAUGUGGGAUUAGAGUCAUUUGGGUUGCACCAGCCAUGAGAAAGAAACGCAUAGCCAGCCAACUGUUGGAUGCUGCAAGGAUAAGUUUCUGCAAGGGUUUUGCACUGAAGACAUCUCAGCUGGCAUUCUCUGAUCCAACCUCUUCUGGAAAGGCAUUGGCAUCAAGAUACUGUGGCACGGCUGCCUUUUUAGCCUACAAAACUUUUAUUUGAUUCUAAGGAGGUUUUUGCAUUUGCAGUUUUGAAUCUCAUGGAGAUAGACCCAUUUGACCGUUCAGUUUUAUAGUACUUCACAAUUUUAGUCAAGUAUAAUGAUAAAAAGUUCUCUUUUCUUGCUGAAACAUUUCUAUCAGAG